CAAGGCGGGUUCGAAUUUAUUUUAGUCAGCAAAAAUAGUAAAAAUUUGUAAUUUGUGAGCAGAACGAAAACUUGUCAGUUACAGAAGCUUUGUAUCAAGUUAAGGAAAAUCAGUUACAACUACUUUAGAUUUAGGUUUCGAUUAACCAAACAUGUUUACAUCAGGCCGCCUAACUUCUAUAAAGUUCGGCUCGGUUAUGUUGAACAUCUCUCGUUUUGUUCAACAAAAAGCACAUCUAAGCCAACCGACAUACGACACAAAUUAUCUUCUGAACCCGACCAAAUUAUCAGAAAUUCUCAACAACAUUAAUCACCGGAAGGGCAUCGGCAAUAUCCAGUUAGUCCACGAAAUAAAUGACAAAAUUAAAGGAACACCGGCUGAGGAUAAAUUGGAACGAAGUCGAUUGAAUGCCGAACUACAGGCGGAGCUGGCAAAAAUUCCCAACAGGACACAUCCGGAUGUUUUGAAAUACGGCACUGAACCGAAAAUUGUGGAAUAUUACAACAUAAAGCCAACAUUUGUUGCUGAGAAAAUCUACGAAUUUUCAGAAAUUGCAAAAAAGAUGAAUCUUUUCCGGGCGGAGAAGCUAGGAAAUUUUACAGGCCACAAAUCGUACUACUUGACUGGUGACUUGGCCGAGUUGGAACAAGCUCUCAUUCAAUACACUGUAGCGAAACUGUUGAAGAACGGGUUCAAACUUAUUACUGUUCCAGAUAUUCUACCGGCUCGCAUAAUCCAGAGUUGCGGUAUGAACACUCACGGUGAUCGAAAUCAGGUGUAUAAAUUAAGCAACUCACACGACAGUCUGUGCCUAUCGGGAACGUCCGAGAUGGCCCUAGCCGGUUAUUUUGCCGGUACGGAGACAAAAGAAGCAUCUCUUCCGAUCAAGCUGACCGCAGUAAGCCGCUGUUUCCGAGCGGAAACAUCAGGACUGCAAGAGGAGAAAGGUAUAUAUCGUGUACAUCAGUUCACCAAGGUGGAAAUGUUCUCGGUCUGUCGACCAGAUCAAUCGGACGCGAUGCUUGAAGAAUUUAAGAACAUUGAAAUUGAUUUAUUCAAUCAACUUGGGCUGCACUUUCAGCUGCUCGAUAUGCCAGCAUGUGAGCUGGGGGCUCCGGCGUAUCGCAAAUACGACAUAGAGGCGUGGAUGCCCGGGCGAGCGAUGUACGGAGAAAUAUCGAGUUGUAGCAAUUGCACCGAUUAUCAGUCAAGAAGAUUAGGUAUCCUUUACCGAGCUUCGAAUGAUGACCACCUUCACUAUACGCACACCGUUAACGGUACUGCUUGUGCUAUUCCGCGGAUGUUGAUCGCCUUGCUGGAAAACUUCCAGAAUCCAGACAAAACUAUAACGAUUCCAGAUCCCCUGCAGCGGUUUAUGCGCGGCCAAAAGAGGAUCAACAGGAAAAAACUUCUACCUGAGCUGAGACUAACCAAGCGUUUAACCCAGGAGGAUAUAUGCUGAGUAAAGGCAUUGUAUUUAGUGUAAUUAAGUUUUGUCGAAUAAUUUAAAGGUUAAGUUCCUAAUAAAUCAUACUGAAAACUUAAAAGAGCGGGGACUACGCAACAGUAACAAAUAUGAACAUACAUCAUUCCAAAUAAAUAUUUACUUUUUUGCGUAUUUACAGUUAGUCCGCGUAGCACCAGGAAAAGUAAUUUUGAUCCAACGAAAAAACAGCACUUAGUAAUACCAGCCAAUAAACAUAUUUUAAUUUUAAUGAUAAGCACCCCGACACUAGUCAGCCUUAACGACCGGCACAGGUAUAAGAGAGGUCGUACAGCAGUAGUUACCAGAUGAAAUAAACAUUUUGACUUGCAAUUAAUCGAACAAACGAGUAGAGACAAACAGAAUCAGGAUUGGGGAUGAUGGACAAGCCUUGGAUCCACCCAUGCUAGACGAAGUGCGAAAGACUAUUCAAGAGAUGACAAAUGGUAAGAGGUCAGUCUAUCUUCCAGUGCACUAAACAGUGUUGUAUCGUUGCUCCCGGCUGCGUAGUGAAAUGAGUCUGCCAAAGAAAACAAAAGUGCACGUGCAACACAAUUUCGAUCGACUUCAAGAAAACUCGUGUUGGACCCACAGGUUAGGAGGUGGAACAUCUAGUUAAAGUUAAAGUGGAGUUUAAUCUAGCAACACCACGUCAAAAACUGUUUUGAUUACGCUAAGAAGUUUAGCGCAGGCAGCAAACUUUGUUACAAAGAACAACGUUGAACACGAGGUCGAAUUUAACCCAUUCAUGCCCUUGUUGUUUGUGGACAACAUCGUUUUAAAAUAGCUAUAACUUUUGAUUGAGGCAAGAUUUGCUCACAAAAACAAGUAAGGCUAAUAAAUAUAACUAUUGCCUUUCAUUUGAGCAUUAUCAGUUACAAAGAUCAGCUCUAGAAUUGAAGUUAUUGCUAUUAGUCUGAUUGGAUUCCGAUGGAGCAGUGCUGCCAGUGACAGUCAUCGUUGACGAUGGAAAAUGAAUUUUUCAUAUAUCUUCGUUAUGUAGCAAUAGAAUUGAUAACUGAUAAAUCUUAUCAAUUUUGACUAAUUUUGGCUACGUUUUCCACGCAAGUGGACUAUUGUACAUAUUCUAGGUGAAUUGUAUUGAGCAUCGGAAGGUAAAAAUUGAGCAGCUUCUAUCACUGCGAGGGAAGCACCUAUCUUCAUGAAAAAAGGCUUUUCGUGUUUCUUGACCCCACUUUUUUCAGGAAAAAUAGCUUUGUUCUACAUACACUAGAAAAAAGUUGGGCAUGAAAAGGGUAAUAGCAUCACAACAAUGGAAUCUAUUACGAAAGACACUUGGAAAAAGUUUAUCACCGGUAUUCCUAACGCCGUUCGUAUUGUGAGAAUGCGAGUGACUAAACAGAUACCUUCUUACAUGACUAUCGAAUGCAAAUAACCGAAAGACGGCGUUACGUAUAUGCAUAGAACGAUGAUCACAUAUCCCGGGCAGACCCCUAUACUCCAAUUCUGUAACCAGACAGCUCACUACCGAAAAACAUGCACCCAAGCCACUAGUAAAAACUUAUCUACUACAGCCAACUCUAACAAGCAGUCACCGAUACUUACAGAUAAACCAAAAACAACGACCCAUUUAAUCAAUAGUGAAGAGACAACGACCACAACAACCGCUCCCAAACCAAAAAAAAGCAUCACCCAUAUAGAAGCUAAUACCAAUGAAGACGGAUUUACAACAGCGACCCGUAAGAAACAAAGAAACAAAUAAGAAUCUCAGAACGUGAACGACAUGAAAGCAGUACCGAUGAUGAAGUCGAUGUGAACGAUAACGCGAGAGAAGGCAGACUGAAUGAUCCCCAAGCUUCGACGGACCAUACAACUAAUGCUCCAGGAAAAGGAUCUCAACACACAACAACUAACUGCGUCAACAAGAUCUGGCAGAUAGACAUUCUUAGGAUUUUUAAAUUUUUAUGUAUUGUAAAAACUUUAAAGAUCCACGGUUUUUGUUGAUAAUACCGUAAGAAAACUCCAAGUAUUUCUGUAGGUAGGUUUGAGAUAACUUUAUUUGAUUCUUGUUCGUCAAGUUAUAUAAUGCUAACAUAGUUCGAUAUCGAUUGAUAUUUCAUGCACUGUUUAUCACAGUCCCUUAUUGACUGCCAUACCCUGUCAUACCCUCUGCCUAUAGUAAACAACACAUCCAUGCGCGGCGUCCAUAUGCAAAAGCUCAAGUUACCCACUUGAAGCUUUUGUCACAUGACGUUCUGUCAGAUGACAUCUCAGAGCUUUUUAUAGCACGUU